UGUCAAAACAAAACUGUCGUAUUAGUUGUGUGUUAUUUAUUUUCUAUGUUUAUCGCUAAAUUGUGUGUUCAUCUUUUGGAAAUAUUUUAUAACAUCCUUCACCUAUGUUAAUGGUGAAAAAUGUUAAAGUUUGGUUCAAAACAUGAUAGCAAUAUUGUAUAUAAGUGCACUGUGAGACUUCUUGAAGACACAGAAAUACUGGAAUGUGAAUAUAAGCUCUGUCAUAAAGGAAAAUAUUUAUUGGAAUAUGUAUGUCGGCAAUUGAAUCUAGUAGAACAGGAUUAUUUAGGUUUACGAUAUGUGGAUUCCCAAGAUCAGAGACACUGGUUGGACUUAGGGAAAUCAAUUUGCAAACAAGUAAAAGAUCUUGACCCGGUUUUAUUUAGUUUUCGUGUGAAAUUCUAUCCACCAGAUCCAUUUCGACUUAAAGAAGAAAUAACUCGCUACCAAAUAUUUCUACAAUUAAAAAGAGAUUUAUUGCAUGGUCGUUUGUACUGUGGCUCAAAUGAGGUUGCUAUGUUGGCUGCACUUAUUUUACAAGGGGAACUUGGAGAUUAUAAUCCUGAAAUUCAUAUAGGAAAUUAUGUGACUGAUUUUAAAAUUCUUUUGAAACAAACAGAAGCAAUAGAAGAGAAGGCAAUGGAAAUUCAUCAUAAACAGCUUAAAGGUCAAAGUCAAAGUCAAGUAGAAAAUACAUUUUUAAAGUUAACUUGCCAACUGGAUACAUAUGGAGUCGAUCCUCACCCUGUGAAAAGCUUGUUCCAGGAUCAUAAAGGCACUCAACUUUAUUUAGGAAUUAAUUAUAGUGGUAUCUUAACAUUUCAAGGGAGUCGAAAAACACACCAUUUUAGGUGGCCAGACAUUCAAAAAAUUAAUUAUGAAGGAAAAAUGUUUAUUAUACAUCUUAAUUAUAAUGAUAAGAAGCAUACGGUUGGUUUUAAAUGCCCAUCUGGAGCUGCCUGUAGACAUGUAUGGCGUUGCGCCAUUGAACAAAUGUUGUUUUUCACUUUGCCAACUAGUUCAGAUGCACCCUCGGUGGUAACAGGAGGUGGUUUUUUCUCAUGGGGAACAAAGUUCAAGUACACUGGUCGAACAGAACGAGAAAUUUUAGAAGAUACAGGUUCUCCCACCCGAGAUGAACCGAAUAUUCAACGAUCUUCGAGUAUUAGGCGAAAAGCUUCUAGUGUACCUGCAACUCCUUCUACUCCACUACAACCACAUUUAGGUUAUAGUAGUUUACCCAGAUCUAGUCAUUCAGAUGUGGGCGUAUCGCAUAUGGAAUCUAGUAGUAGUACAGGGUUACUGUCUGGUUUAGAUGGUAAUCCUUCCCAAGCUUACAGUGAUGUCGCUGCCUUAGAAACCGUAUCCGAAGAUCAAGAAGCAAUAGGUGGUACGAAACUUCGUACCACAGUGUUAAAAGAUGAUUCCAUGGAGCGUUUUAGUGAAUACUAUUUCCGUGAUUCUUUUGAACAUUCAUCAUCCGAAUCUCAAUUAAUUGACAACAGUUACCGCGGAUACGAUACUACGAAUCCAUCUCAUCGUUCAAGUCGCAGCCAAACGCCAUUGUCUCAUUCUCAGGUAGAUGGGCGAAUUUGCCUGCCAAAUGUAACACAUGAUAUACAAAAUAACACUAAAAAGUGUAAAAAAUUUAAUGUGAUAGGUGCUUUCAUACCUACUGUUGUACUUGUAACAGUAUUUGUACUUAUGGCAACAAUAAUCUUAUUAGAAACAGAUUAUGAAUUAUUCAAUACUUUUAGAAAUAUACCUGAAAUGGUAGCCCUAAAGUACCAGGUUUAUGAACCAGUGAAACAAUAUUUUCGUAAUAAAAUGUCGAUUUUAUUUUAAAUUGAUUACUUAAUGUGUACUUUUGUUAUAUUAGAUAUGUUGUUUUACACAAAUUUUAUAAAAUACACUUGUAAAUAGAUGGUGUUAUUUUAAAUUAACGAUGGAAAAAAUAAUCAAGCUUUAACCAGUAGGUGCUGAAAAAUUAUUGGCCCUACUUAGGUCAUACUCAACUUUUAAAAAUGACACGUAUACAUAUUCCAUAAUACAUGAAGGUAGCUAUUUAUAGUAGGUGCAUACUACUAUACUAAAUCAUAUACUGUAACCAAGUCAAAAAAUGAUCAUAUUUAGAAAAAUGGGAGCCAUUAAGGCGCAAUACCUUUCAAAUUAAUUUACUAUACUGUUUGUUCCAUUCACAUUUAAUCCAAUCUAUUUCAAUUUGUAGUUAAGACUUUUUUUCAGAUGCAUUUGCUGGAUUUAAAAAUGUAGGAACAAUUUAGUUUAGUUUAAAGGCAAUUAGCCAAAGGUUUAAUUAAACAUACCUAAUAGUUCUUCGAUUCAUCAUUUUUAGAGUAGUUGUAGUAUACUUAGAGUUAAAAUUUUUGUUACAAUUUAAGCUUUAAUUACUUGUACGAAAUUUACGUGUUAUUAUCCAAACUACGUUAUUUUUAUCUGUGGAAAACAUUCCAGUUUUUAUAUAAAGUGUUAUUUUGUCUUUAGCUGCAAUUAAUGUUUACUGUGUUUUUAUACCGUGUUAUUUAUUACAUACUUUUAAGUUUUAUACGUAAACUAUUAAAAUCACUGAAUUUUUUAUGAAAAGGCAUUUCAUUAAUUAAAAAAAAAAUCCAAUUCUUUAUUCCCUUUCGGUUAAACUAUUAAAAUACUAAUGAUGUCCUUUUAUUGUAACCUGUUAUUUGCCAAAUAAUAUAUUUUCUAAUAAAUCGUUGAGCAGCAAACUACUGAUAGGUGGUAAAAUAGAAUAUUAAGAAUUUUAAUCUUUAGUAUUUAUUUCCUAUGUAACUUAAGAAAUCUGUGAUCUUUUAUCAAUCUGCUGCUUUAGAGUACUUGAAAUAAAUGUACAAAUUAAAAUCCACAAGAAAGUUCAAUCAAAACCUAAUCUAUUUUUUAUUUUGGAUAAAAAGCAUUUUCAGUAUGAUUAUUUUAAUUAUGACAACUGUUAACCAUCGCUUGUUACCAUAACAUAUUAUAUUUUGAAAUAAGCAUAUUUCCUUGCAGCUCAAGUUUGAGAGUCAUUGAAUCAAAAUAUUUUUAUAUUUCAUAAUAUUUUGAAGGGGCCAUAAUGUAUUCUAAACGUAUUUAAGAUUUUCUGUUUGCAGUCCAACCUCUGUUAGAACUUACCAACAAAAGAAAAAGAGAUAAGAAACAUGUACCUAUAUGUUAAAAUUGUACUAAUAAUUUUCUACAAAGCAACUUUUUGCCAAAUAAAACCUAAGUCAAUUA